AUGUCUUCCAGGAAGAGGACUUUGAGGAAGGCUUCUGCUCGUGAUUCCUCAUCCGGAGGUACUUGCGAGGAGGAGAUCCUUGUUCCAAAAGCCGAGUUCGUGCCUUGUCUAGUCGAUCAAGAAGAGGCCAAGGCGUACUGGACCGCCAGAGGCAAAGGGGUCGACCUUGGCGAUCUUGACCCGCCUCUGCCCGCAGAAGGAUGGAAGACGCUUGAAGCCGUCGUGGAGUGGUCCCGUAGGAUCAAUGGGGGACUGAACGUACUUAGCUCGACACUUGAGGCAAGAAACAGGGAGGCGAUGGUCUACCGCUUCAAAGCGGAGAAAGCAGAAAAUGAUCUUGCUCGCAUUCACAACGAAGCCAUGGAGCGAAAGUCAAAGCUUGCUAUAAAUCACGUCACGGCCAUCCGUCGGGCAGAGAGAAGAGGUCGGAGGGAGGUCGUCGCUGUGAUGAGCCAGCGAGCAUCUGAGUCUGAGGCUGAGCUUGGUCAUCUUAGCGAGGAUUAUUCCUUGGUGGGUGAUUUCCGCGAGUGCCGCGGUUCGGUUGGUUCCUUGUGGAAGACGCAGCUGGGCGACUGUAAUUUCAAGGACGAGAUGGCGACAAUGGAGAGCGGUAUGAAAGACUAUGCCCACGCUGAGGCAUUAAUUUCCCCGAUCGAGGGGACGCUUCGGGGGUUCUGGGAUCCCAUCCCAAUUUCGCCUGAUACGCAGGAGUUUACGACCGAGGUUCCCGGGGAGGAAGAGGAGGUGAAUUUCCUGGCGAGCACGUUUGGAGUGUCGCUGUCUGGAAAUGUUUGUCUUUAG